AACAAAUGGAUCGUAUCAGGCACUCCACAGCAUCCGUGAAGGUGGUUCUGGUGCCAGACGGCCACGUGUUGACUGUGGCCUUCGCCAUCGGGCUGAGUAUCUGGGACCUGAAAUGUCACCUCGCCUCGGAGGUCAGGGUUCCUCCUGAGGUGCUGCAGUUCUCUCUGGAUGGCAGAGUUGUAGAUGACCUGCAGACCCUGAUGGAGCUCGGCGUCCAGCCGCACGCCACCACCAGCAUGGAGAUGAGCUCCACUAAGCCGACCGCACACCCGCUGCUCCCCCUUCAGCCCAUACAGCAUGACAGCAUGCCGGACGUCCUCACUGUCCAAGUCCAAACAGAUGAUGGAGGGGCGAAGGAGGUCACGGUGGAGAUUGAGCGCCUCCUGCUGGAGAAAGAAUUCCUGGGUGGCUACCGGCACAGGCUGACAGGGGCGGAGUAUCACCAUGCUGCUGUCCAGACCCCACCCAAGAGGAGACCUGACAGAGGCGUGGCCAUCUUCAGCCGCAACACACAGACGAUGGAAGUGAAGCACCAGAACCAGAACUGUCCAGUCAGCAUCUCCACCCAGAUGACCCGGGUCGGCUGCUACGUCUCCUGUGUGACAGAUAAGCUGGUUACCCCCGGCAACUAUGUCUCUGCCGCCGAGCAUCAGGAGACGAGGCUGCGAGCAGUGAUCCGGCUGCAGACGGCAGCACGGCGCUGGUUGGCCCGUCAGGCGGUGGAGCAGCUCAGGAGGGACCGAGACCGGCGUCUGGCCUGGAUGGACGUGCAGGAGAGGAGGAGGAGGGAGGAGAAAGAGGAGCAGCUCAGAGACCGACAGCAGCGCUGGAUGAAGCCGCAGAGCAGGGACGACUUUAACCUGCUGUACCACGCACUGGAGAAGUGGAGGUGCGAGGAAGAGUGGAAGAUUAACUCCUCCCUGCGUGGAGCUGACAGGAAAGCAGCCCUGUGUUUGCUGCUGCAGCAGGAGACGCAGUUCAUCACCGACAUCGGACGCCAUCGCAUCGCUGUCCACAAUAGCAACUACGACACAGCUGUCAGAGCCUUCCUGGACAAGUGUGCGAUGCCUCAGCAGUGGCGAGCGGCAGAUGGUCGGCUGAUCCAGAUGGACAACCAGGAUACGAUCCGAGCCAGAGAGCUCCGAAAUCUGUAUGAUGAGGUGAACCUGACCACCAUGAGCCAGGACCAACGCCUCCAAGUCCUCGCCACGCUCAGACACACUGUGAAGGAGCACCACUGUCCGCUGACCCGGGACAUCGUGGAGCUGAUUGAGAGGGAGACCAAUCUAGUGUCACGGGGAAUUCAGGCAUCCAAACUGGAGGGUCUGAGGAAGAGGAUCUCCACGCUCUUCCUCCAGUACAUCAAAAUGCCAGCAUUCAACCCCAUGGUGUCCAAAGUGCUGACGGUUCCUCAGGAUCCUGUCCAGCUGAAAAAGGACGUCCACUUCUGCCACAGCUGCCAUCGAUAUCUGUCUGCCGCCUCUUUUAGCCCGUCUGUGAGCGCCCGGCAGGUGGGUCGAUGUCGCUACUGUUCGGGACUGGACAACGCGGCACGACAACGUGAUGACAUCACUUACUACGUAACCAUGCUGACGAGGCUGAGACACGACGAGCAGCAGCGCAACCAAGACGCCAAGAUCCCCUUCCUGCUGCAGGUGGAGGAUUUGCGUUACCUGGUGGAGGUGAUCUGGGCUUCACGCUCCGCCUUCAGUGCUUCCAGUGACCUUGGUGAUCUGCUGUUUGUCCGCUGGGAUUGUGGGAAGGACUGGAGUCCUUGGAACUGCAUCCUGCUGACCAAAGAAGAGACUUCAGCCCACCUACAAGUGGAAGAUGUCCAGAAGGUGUACGAGGAGAUGUUUAUCCAUAGUAUCCAGUAUAAACACACUCUGGCCCGGCAGCGUUUCCAGCAGAUCCAGACCAUGACUGAAUAUCUGGACUUGGACCUGGAUUCUAAUCCACAUCAUUAAAAUGUGUUUUUCUU